AUGCGGAAGGGUGAGAGAGAGAGAGUUAGGAUCGCUUGCCGAUACGAGCCGAACAGCCGCGUUCCUCUUCACUCCCCUUCGAGCUCCCAACAAGACAGGCAAAGACGUUGUAAACCCGGAUUUAGACCAUUACGAGGAUCCUCAGCUCCCGCCAGUGGAACGUCGGCGGCCGCUACAGUAACAAGAACUAGUGAAUCGACAACGCGAAAAAAGAAAUCCGAACGAAUGGAGAAAAAAAGCAGUGGAGGCGGUUUCUUCCAGCGCUGGUUCGGUGGAGGACCAGCCGAACGCGAACGUACCCAGUCUCCAGCACGAACACUCUCUCCAAAUCGGGACGAGAAUGACUAUGCCACGAUCGACCGAAUUCGAUUCGGAAAGAGGGAGUCAUCCAUGCCUGCUUCACCGCGUAAUGUUCGUUUCACAGAGGAUCCCACGCAUGAUACAACACAUCAGAGUUUAGCCGAUAGAGCACAGAUGCAGUAUCGUCCCAGAGGGCUAUCACAUUCACUUGACUCCAUGCAUACUUCGACCGUAGAAACCAAAUCCGAGUUUAAAUAUGAGUCAAUUGAAACAGGCCAAUCCUCCGCCAAUUCCCGUGGUGGUUUCGGUUCACGUAGUACACAACAAUCACUCACACAGCUGGAUGAAGCUACGCUGGAUUUGCUCAAACUUAGUACUGAGCCUGGGUCAACAACAUCUCGACCCCUAGCUUUCACUUCAUCUAGAAGGAUAAAUCCAGCUGCCGAUUACCUGCCAAAAGCGGCAUCCACAAGCUCGGUCAACCAGGAUGGCGGGCGUUUGCGUGUAGCUAACGUUUAUACUUGGGGCGUCGACUCGGACCAGGAAGAAGUGCUAGAUGCAAGGCGGAAUGUCAGAGAAACCGAUCCGAACCGGAUGCGAUUUAGUGGUUUAUCGCCACAAGCGAUUAGACGAAAUGAAAUGCAGGAAGAGAUUGUUACACGGGACGAGUACACGGAAGAACGACGGACCAUUCCCACGCCACAACCACGACGACGCAGCGAAGGCACCACAAAUGCAGCUGGUGGGCCCAUAUAUUCCGUACCUUCGAAUGGUUUCUUGGGUGAUUCCCCUCUGGGAUCUCCCUACAUGCCCCGACGACAGAUACCGAUCUCUUUGUCACCUACAUCACCUUAUGCACAACGUCGUGAGGUGGUGCCACCGGUGCCACGACAUCAGGCCGCAAUAGAUGAACUCGACCAGAGGAAGACAGAAACUAUGCAAGAGCUCAAUCAACGUCGAACAGAAACCAUUGUUGACUAUGAGAAGCGAAAACAGAAACCACCAGUGGUUCGAACAACUGUGGAGGGCAAACUCAAGAUGGAAAAGAUUGUUGGUUCUGAUUUGAUCACAGUGGACAGCUGCGUAUCUAGUGCAUGGACGGUUCGCGAUACAGUAACCAAUUACAAGAUUAAAUCGACUAUCGGAAAGAAGAGCCUCAUUCUUGAAGAGAUCAAAGACGGACAUUCGAAAUUCAAGAUCACAUUGAUAGAGAACGGUGAGACGAAGAUGGAACGGGAGGCAACACUUGAAGUGCCUGAGUUCAUGAACAAGAAGGAGUACUUGUCGCAAGUUGGACAACGCCUCCUCAAAGAUCUUCAGGAGCAAGAGGACGGCGAAGCGGUCAGUGCUGUCACCCACGUCGAAGUGGAAGUGGUCGAGGAUGUCACAAACAUCCUGAAGACGUAUGUAAUCGGCGAGCGAGCCGAAGAUGCUCUGGAAGAUUUACCAGCACAUGCUCUCUACUACGAGGAAACUGUGUCCGAACCUCCAGUAAUCGAAGAACCAAAGGUCGAGCGUAUCUACAUUGACACAUUCGAACCAAAGAUUGACGACGAGCUGGAGAAGUCCGAGAUAGAACUGUUACAGGAAGGACAUCACUUCGAAGGCCAGGGAACGCUAAGACGUUUGCGUCGACUGGAGACUGACGAAUCUGUGGAUGUAGCUGAAAAAGCACGUUGUGCGAAUGUGUUCGCUGACUGCAACCUGAUGAGGAAGCAGGACAGCUCCCACUUCACCGUCUACAUCGCCCUACCUCUCGUGCAGACCAUCUCGAUGAUCCUGUACAGGAGACGUUUGCAAAAGCAGCGGCAGGAACUCUCCAAGGCCUAUGCCAUGGAACAAGCCGGGCAGGUAUUCGAGGACGAGACCACCCUUCGUCGCAUCCGCCGAGUACAAUCUGAAGAGGAAGAGCAGCAGAGGAUGCUUAGCACUCACCAAGUGGAAACGCUCCAGAAAGCAGAGGUCCAGGAGAUCAGCAUUGGCAAAAAGAUACUCGAGGUCAAGAAGGAAGAAGAGGAAGCUGAAGGCCGAAGCUAUGAAAUGGAGCAGCAAGGACAGCGACUUCAUGGCGAAGCAGUUGUCAAGCAACACCAUAGAGUGCUUGAAUCGGAGUCCGACGAAGAGCUGGUAGCACCUAUGGAAGUCGUUGUGCACGAGAGAGAAGCCGAAGGAGGUCAGUACGAGAUGCACAUGCAGGGCGUGAGCCUCAGAGGUGAGAAGACGUUCCGUCACACAGGCAGGAUGUACGAAUCGGAAUCCGAAGAAUCUGACUGGAACACUGGCUCACCCACAAUUGUCGAUCUGGUCAAGAAAGAGUCUGAUUCUCACUUCGAUAUUGUCUUUGAGAUGCCGAACAACUAUGAGCCACUGACAAUGUUCGUGAAGAGAGCUGUGAUGAAGAAAGAAUACUGCGAAGUUACCUCAGCUUUCAUGGUGCCCAGUGAUGAUUCGGAAGCUGCUUCGGGCGUGAGGAAAGAUAAGGCUAUAUGGAGAGAGAGCUUCAACGGCAAAGAGCUGAGCGAGCAAUACUCCAACGUGACUGUGGGCUUACAAAAGCUGGCCAAACCCGGAGAACACGACAAGAUGGCCGAGAACAACUUGGCCGCUGUUGCGCAAGCAAGGUCCGAAGCAAGAUUCCGUGAGAUGCGAGAAGAGCAGGCAGUUAUGCUUUAUGGCUUUGAGAAUCUGAAGCCUACAACAGGUGAAGCCAGUGCGGUGCGAAAGGAGAGAAAUUACAGCGGAGCCAGCUUCUUCACAGAAGCUGCAGAAUUCGAGCACGUCACAGUCGGCACGAACUUGACGAAUGCGGGUGAAAUGCUCGGAGUGCAGAGCUCGUCCAAGACGCCCAAUACCGUCAGCGCUUCUGGCCGCUUCAACGAGAUGUCGCUGGAGCAUGCAACGAGCGUGAUCUUCCUUCAGAAGCAACCCGGACUACAAGAUCAGUAUGCUGAGAAGGUAGCGAAGGAUAAGGCUGUUCGAGUAGAGUUUCUCCGAACCAAGGCCGCUUCCGACACCGCCAUCAGCUCGCACUUGUCCCUGCAGAAGUCAGCCUCCUUCCCGCCUUACAUGGAUGCGCACAAGAGUAUGGCGACGUCCAACAAGACCACUUCUACAUUACGGGCAUGGGCUUCCGAGAGCAGUACGAUCAUGUCGACAUUGACACUCAGCAAGGGUGCCGCUAACCAGACAUUCACCUUCAAAGUUCGCGACGCGAAUCGCCAGGAGACGACAACGAACAUCGCCGAGUUCGGCAACGCUCAGGAGAACUGUGCGGUGAUGCUGAAAAACACCGGUGGAGUACACGGCAGCGCGAUGGCCGCUAUGGCCGAAGCGGUCUCAGAGACGAUCCAGGUGCCGAGAGAAGGUGGCAAGUUCCUGCUUUCUACUGGUUCGGCCAAAGAAGAGUCGCUCAAGAUCGAGGUCGACUGGACCAAACAACGCGAAGAUCAGUUGGAGGCGCUCUGGAAGAAGAUUCUGCGGAACGAGGAAGGACCGGUAGAGUUGUUUGCCUCGGCAACGGAGGAGAGCGCUGCAGGUGUGAGCAGCCAGCUUCAGAAGAGUGCUCAGACAUUCUCUGUCACUACAAAGAGAGAUGCUGCCAGGUCCGGGGAGCCAGUUUCCAAAUCCGUCCAGGAGUCCAAAAUCGUUGAAGAAAUCAAUAACCUCCAAUUCCACAGAGAUGAACACCACCUUGAGGUCGAUAACAUUGUCAAACUCGCUGCCUACGGUGGAAUGGCUAACCUCAAGACUGGCUACGCCGAGGAGAACCACACUGCUAUCACUCCACAAAUGGCAAAGGCUGAAGCACUCGCUUCGCAAGAGACGGUCAGACGCAUCCGUCACGAAGAGACUGCGGAGAAGUGGCUGAGCGCCGCUUCGGAAGAGGUCAUCGGCUGUGGAUUUGCCCUUGAUAGCGGUCGUACUUCACAAGAACUCACUGAGAUUACCAAGAUUGCCUCCAACGAUGCUGAACCUAUCAAGUUCAGCGCUAUGGAAGCUGCAGAAAACUCAAUCUCAACCAACUACGCCCUUAGCAGUGAAGCUAAGAGCGUUCUGGAGGAGUCUACACUCAAAGAGGCAAGAUAUGGCGGUGGAGCAAAUCUUCAGUGCGUGGCUGCUAGCGAGAUCACUCCCGAUACAGUUACGGCCGGCAUUAGAAGAGAGGAUGAGGUGGAAGAAAAGAGCUGGACUGUGCAGGUAGCCCGACAGGAAGGCUCAACGCUCUCAACUAAGGCUUCAUCGGAAGAAAGCAUCACUGCCAACAAGGAUGUACUCUGCACUCGGGUUGCGAUCGAAGAGGUCUCGGCCACUCGUGCCGAAGCCCAUAUUGGUCAGGCCACUGCGCUCGAGUCGAAGAGCAGCGAGGAGACAAUCUUCCACUUGAACUACAGCUACGAGAAGCAACCUACGGAGGUCACCACCACCUUCGUCGGUUCGGAAAAGCGCGACGAGGGCGAGGUGCGCGUAGAGAUGGAGGCGGCGCGCGAUGAGCGCGUCGACACGCAGGAGUUGUCGGUGGCGCGACGUAUGGUCGAGGUCGAGGUGGAAGGCGUCGUCAUGCGUGGCGCUCGCGAAACUUCACCGCUUACUUUGCAUACAGAAUCCGCAUCCGAGUCGAUCGUUCGCGUCGAACAAUCGCUGGAGAAGGUGCAUCUGCGUGAAGAAGCGGCCGAGGAACACACCAGGAGCGAGUCCGAGGAGCGCAGGAAGAGGGUCAGCUUUGCGUCGGAGGUGACGGAAAAGACCAUGGAAGCAAUCGACCACAGCCUCGACUUAAAUAUGUCGAUGACGGUCGAGCCCGCAUUCCAAAAACCGUCUAUCAUCAAGAAACCGAUGAAAAAAGAACGCGAACAUCGACAUCGCGAACUCAAACGAAACGAGGCACCGUCAUUCGCACCGAUGCGACGGAACAGUUUGCUGCAAGCGCUGGCUGUGGGCAGCCCUCACAAUGUGCCGCACUUCAAAACGCUUCAGGACAUUAUUCGGGCAAUCAAACACGCUGGUCUCGAAUAUUCGAACUUAAUCUUUGGUAUCGACUACACAAAGUCCAACCACUACCAAGGUGAACGAACCUUUGACGGCCGUACACUGCAUCAUUUGGAAGAUGGUGAGAUGAAUCCAUAUCAACAGGUCAUUGAAAUCGUUGGAAAAACGCUAUCAUCUUUUGACGCUGAUGGUAUGAUUCCGGCCUACGGUUUCGGUGACGAAGAAUUCACUGACAAAGGGAUUUUCAAUAUUGCCGAUCGAUAUAAUAUGGAUAAGGACUGUAAUGGAUUUGAAGAGGUCCUGAGAGUCUACAACGACGUUACUCCGAAGGUGGCAAUGAGUGGUCCAACAAACUUCGUUCCAUUGAUCGAACGUGCUGUGGAAAUCUGCAAAGAGAAGCAGUCUUAUCAUAUUCUCGUCAUUGUGGCUGACGGACAAGUGACGAACGAAAAAAUCAACCAAAAAGCUAUCGCUGCUGCUUCGCACUAUCCACUCAGCAUUAUAAUGGUGGGAGUUGGUGAUGGUCCAUGGAGUAUGAUGGGACGAUUCGAUGAAAACAUUCCGAAACGAUUAUUCGAUAACUUCCAUUUCGUUGAUUUCCACAAGGUGAUGUACAACGCACCGAAUGCUGAAGCAUCAUUUGCUCUGAAUGCUCUGAUGGAAAUUCCGGAUCAAUACAAAGCAAUAAAGGAGCUUGGGCUGCUAAAACACAGUCGAAGGGGUUGAUGACAGAGAAACGACGAGCGGACGAGCGAGUAUAGUAGCGUCUAACAAACCGCAUGCGCCGGCAAUUGCACAGGGACUCUUGUAGAGUAGGCUAGUAUAACCCCGGUGCAAUCUUGGCAUCUAGCCAAGCGAUCAAAAUUCAACAAAUUCUAUGAUUACUAGCUCCUUCUUUUAUGAGAUGUGCCUGUACGAUUGUCAAAUAUGCGACAAAUUGUUGUACGGCGCGCGCGUCACGACUGUGAACUGGCUUUCCCGCCAAAUUUCUCUGCUCACAAAUCUUCACAAAAUGAAGAUGAUUAUAGCGUGAAAUUCGGUAAAUGCACACUUAACGACAUGUUGCACUUCUAAAAAAUCACACUAAACAAAUUUCUUUAUUUUUUUGGUUCAUGCUUCAUAUCAGCCACAUAAGGCGUGGGUGCAACAUGCCGUCAUUGUCGUCUGCGUUUCGAUUGCUUUCACUAUAGCGCGCGUUUUGUGAUAGUUAUAGCUAUGUAUAAAUUGCGAUUAACUGCGCCAAAUAUCAGAUUAAUUCGCACGUUUUCGCGCUUCAUUCACAAUCUCUGUGGAAAUGCGGAUGAUAUGUACUGUUUGUUGUAAUUAUUGUUAUAAUGAGAUGAGC